GUUGUGCUCAAGUAGAAGCUACCAACAUCUUAUUAGCUCUGUCAUCUCAUAACAAUGGCCCCUUCUCCAUUAAUGGUUGGCCAAAUCGACGAUGUUCAAGAACUGACAAAAUCUAAACCAACAAAAAUACCUCACAGAUUCGUUAGAGACAAAACAGAAAGACCAAUACUAAACACACCACUCUCGUCUCCUGAUUCUAUUCCCGUAAUUGAUUUCUCAAAGCUUUUAAAAGGCAAUAAAUAUGAAAUUUUGCAGCUUGAGAAAGCCUGUCAAGAAUGGGGUUUUUUUCAGGUGGUGAAGCAUGGAAUUGAUUUGAGUUUGCUUGAGAAAAUAGAAGAGGUGGCUAAUGAAUUUUUUAUGUUACCUUUGGAGGAGAAGCAGAAGUAUCCAAUGGCGCCAGGGACUGUUCAGGGUUAUGGACAAGCUUUUGUGUUUUCUGAGGAUCAAAAGUUGGAUUGGUGUAACAUGUUUGCUCUUGGGAUUCAGCCUAACUUUAUUAGAAACCCUAAAUUAUGGCCUUCAAACCCUCCAAGUUUCAGUGAAACAGUAGAGGAAUACUCAAAAGAAGUGAGGAAAUUAUGUGAGAAGCUACUAAAGUACAUAGCAAAUACACUUGGGUUAAAAGAUGACAUAUUUGAAAAAAUGUUUGGAAAUAGUGUGCAAGCAAUAAGAAUGAAUUACUACCCACCAUGCUCAAGACCUGACCUUGUUUUAGGGUUAAGUCCCCAUUCUGAUGGAAGUGCCUUAACAGUGUUGCAGCAAGGCAAGGGUAGCUCUGUUGUAGGACUCCAAGUCCUUAAAGACAACAAAUGGGUCCCUAUUCAGCCUAUACCAAAUGCAUUAGUUAUCAACAUUGGUGAUACUCUAGAAGUUCUAACUAAUGGAAAGUACAAGAGUGUGGAGCAUAGGGCAGUGACUCACAAGGAAAAAGAGCGACUCUCUAUUGUCAGUUUCUAUGCUCCAAGCUAUGAUAUAGAGGUCGGACCGAUGCCGGAACUUGUAAAUCAGAGCAACCCAUGCAAGUAUAGAAGAUACAGUCAUGGUGAAUACAAUAAACACUAUGUAACUAACAAGCUUCAAGGCAAGAAAACCCUUGAAUUUGCAAAAUUUAAAAGCUAAAAGUAUUUCUUAGGAAAGAACCCACUUUAGACCCCAAUUAACGAUGGACUGCAGUAUUCAUGUAAAUUGUACUUGUGCAUUUGUCUCUACUGAUUAGUUAAAAUUGUAAUGUGUAUUGUUUAAUAAAAAAAAAUCGUAUAUAAUUGUGUUUCCUAAA